AUGGCAGAAGCAGCAGCUGGCGUCGUGGCCUACGAAGCCGUCGAGACUGUGGCUCAAAUUGGCGUGGGCGCCUACUUCCUCGCCAAACCUACAAUGCCGGUGAAGGCAAGGCUCAUUCAGAUAGCAGCAUCAAAGGAUGACGACACCAAGUUAUCUCUUGCACGAUCUGGUCAUAGUCUCACCGUCGUGGGAAGCAAAGCCUACAUUUUCGGUGGCGAAACCACCUCCAACAAGCUCGCCGGGAACGAAGUGCAUGCCGUCUCUCUAGAGCCCACGGAGAAACUGGAGCCCGAGUAUUCUGUUUUCCCAGCCGGCACCAAAGAUGAUGAAGGUGCGAAGGUGCCCUCUGCCCGAACGAGGCAUUCGGCGUGCGCCUUCGAUGAACGUGUGGCCGUCUACGGUGGUGUCGAUCAGUCCGGCCAGCUCAUUGGCGAUGCGCCGACAAUAUGGCUGUUCAAUCCCGCCUAUCACUCGUGGGAAGCUCUGGACUCCUUGAACCCCGAGACCCAACCGCAGCCCCGGAGCUCUGCCGGGCUAUUUGCACAUCAGAACAACUUGAUAUUGUAUGGCGGGGUGGACACGCAGGGCACUCUUUUGAAGGACACAUGGCACUUUGACGUUACCAACCGCCAAUGGACGCCUCUUCCCGACGCUCCAGUAUCUAGCCAACACGCCGCUCUCUCCGACGGCGUGCUCUAUCUGAUCUCCGGCUCCGACAUGGUCGGCGGCGAUCUACACUUCUUGCAACUCAACGCCAAGUCAGACGAAGGACAGGGCUGGCAUACUGUGCCAUUCCCGACAACGCCCCUCACACCUGGACCCCUACCGAGGGCCGGAGCGGGAUUGCUUCCAGUGUCGACAGGCUAUGGGAGGCAGUACCUGCUCUACCUCUUUGGCGCACACACCGCCGGCGAAUCGGCGCAAGCCAGCGAAACGGCAGGGGAGGCUGGAAGCGCACAGCCCGCGUACUGGAGCGACAUCUGGACCUACCAACUCCCCUCGAGCGACCCCGAACUCAAAGCGACCACGCAGAUUUACGAAGCAAUGAAGCCGGCGCGGAUCAAGGACGCCAUCCGGGGCGCUUUGGGUGUGGGAUCGGGCAAACAUUCAUGGGGCGAGGUGGAAGUUUUGCCACCGGGGGAGCUAGUGCCGGCGGCUGGCAAGGUGCAUCCCGGACCGCGCAGCUCGUUUGCAUGUGAUGUCAUGAAGGACAAGCGGAGUGUGGCAGUUUGGGGCGGGAUCAAUCCAAAGGGCGAGCGGGAAGGGGAUGGGUGGGUGAUCAGGUUGGAGUAG